CCGAAAUUGUGAAUAUUGAUGUUGCUAUGUUCUCGUGAGUUUUCUAUGAGCUAGGAACGGUGUGGGUGUUGGAUCCUCUUAUAAUCAUCGAGUUGUUCUUGUCAUAUGCCGGCGGCCUUUCGAGCUGUGAUGUAAUUGCUCGCCUCGAGCAUCACAUUGAACUCGUACACUACUUUUCCUUGUCGGGUUUGCAGUUUUAUAACCAGAAAUGGCGCUUCGAACCCUCUCUGCCAAAAGCGCGGCGGCGCUCGAUCAAGAGCUCAUGUCCACGGGCGCAUUCUCGAUCGACCAGUUGAUGGAACUUGCUGGUCUCUCAGUCUCACAAGCAGUUUUCAAGCUUCAACCUCUCAACAAAGGCAAGAAGAUACUUGUGGCGUGUGGACCCGGAAACAAUGGCGGCGAUGGGCUCGUUGCUGCCCGCCAUCUCUUCCACUACGGCUAUCAGCCAACUAUAUACUACCCGAAGCAGAGCAAGAAUGAGCUAUAUCAGCGCCUGAAGAAGCAACUUGAAGACCUCAGGGUGCCCUUCACCGAAGACUUCCCCGGCGCUUUGAAGCAAACAGAUCACGUCGUAGACGCAAUCUUCGGCUUCUCAUUCUCAGGCGAAGUACGCGAGCCGUUCCCCAAGGUCAUCGAGGCCCUAGCAUCUACCUCUGUCCCUGUCCUUGCAGUCGAUGCACCGUCAUCAUGGGAUAUAGAAGACGGUCCACGAGAUUCAGGCCCGGGCAAGGGGCUUAUGCCGCCAGCACUCAUCAGCUUGACCGCCCCAAAGCCGCUUGUCAAGCAGUUCAAGGGCAGACAUUUCCUUGGUGGACGCUUUCUGACCCCUGAGAUGGCAGAGAAGUAUAACCUGGAUAUCCCCAAGUAUGAGGGGUUGGAUCAAGUGGUUGAGGUGCUAGUCGAGGGUGGAAAAUUAUAAAGCGUCCAUUUGUGGCGAGAUAGGAUGCCUAAAUAAGCUGUUCCUUCUAGAAAAACGUAAUGGUAUUGCUAUCUCCUAAGAUACUACCUCUCUAUAUCCAGGCCUCUAUUCCCAAUUUCGCGCUAAGUUUCGGUGAUCGGGUGGGUAGUAAUGAAUCCGUUGUUAGCUACCUUGUGCGAAUCUGCCUUGACGUGAGCUGCAGAGCCAUCUCCAGACGUGAUGCUACCCAUAGAGCCAUGAUAUCU